AUGUCACCCGAUGCUAUCAGGGCGACUCUUGCGCAAUGGGACUUCUCUGUAGCUUCACAAGGUUUUCGUCGUCGCGAAUCGGUUGUGUCUCCUCUAGAUCAACACCUUCCCCGGAUCUCGAGCAACCCAUCUCUUCGAACGGAGUCCUCAUCUCAACCGAUGGAGACUGAUGACCCAGCAGAAGACUACUUCCCACGCUUCAGCUCUUCUAUUGGGAACUCAUUCUUGAGACCUGGUACACGAUGGCCGUCACUUAUGUCCACAAAUGCAGAUGAAGAGAUUCUCAAUGUCACUCGUCAAACGAUUCCAGGUCAUAAUCUUCUUCCUUUUCCGAACACCCAGGCUGCAUCUGAUCUCGGAAUCCUCAACUUCUAUGUUGAAGAGCCAGACACAGUCUACCUCGAAGUCAGGUUUCCCAACAUGCAACCCAUCAUACUCAGAGAGGAGAACGUACAAAGGAUCAACGAGCCAGCCGUCAUCAAUUUCUGGCGCCUCUCUGGAAGUCGAGAGUAUGCUACAGGCAUAGGAAAGCGUCACGUAUUUUGUAUUCUCGGCUAUCGCGUUUUAUAUCUCCCGAACGGUGGAGAACGAGAGGAACAUUGGAUUCAUUGGACAGGAUACCGCGCAUCUGAAGCAUCGUGGGUUGAAUCUGACUUCGUCCGACGUGUUGCACCUGAGAUGGUCCGGGCCUUCAACUCCGAGCGCCGACUUUCUUGCUACAGAGACUCUACUGGGGAGAUGUUUAUCACCAAGACUGCACCGCGCUGUUAUGAAAUGGCCAACAUGGUGAGCUGUAAUGGUUGUUUACGCUGUGGAGGCGGAUGCAACCGUGGUCAUAUUUAA